AUGAAGAACCUCCUUGACGUGACUCAGUCGUUGUAUGUUAAAUCACGGAAAUAUAAAAUUUAUAAAACUAGAAAAUACGAAUUUUCGGAUAUUUAGAAGUAUUUCUAAAUAAAUAUAUCAAUUAUAAUUCAAUAAAAAUUCCAAAAAUAGUAGUAAUUUUCCAAGUCGAUCACAGGGAUGUAAUAUAAUAUCUGGUAAUUAUUCAGAAUUUUUCUCAAUGAGUACGAUUUUCUUACGAAUUUUAUACUAGGAAAUAAAAAGGAAAUAUAUUUAAAAUUCACAGAAAAAAGGAAAUAAGGGUGCGGACGUCAGGAUGACGUCAGCGCCCGGCGAACGCGAAUCAGGCGGAAAUAGAGUUCUGCCCGGUGAUUCUUACGUAAGCGAUUACAGACGACUCAAUUAAUCAAAUUAAGAUCUGUAAAAGCCGGAAGAAUCGUAAUUGAACGAAGUAUAGUUUGGUAAAUUAAAAUCAACAAAGUAUCACUAAAUGAAGCAUAAAUUAAAUUGAAAGCAGGAAAACAGAGUUCCGGCGUCGCGACGGUGAUGCGUCGGCGAUGCAUCGGAAUCUUGAGCGUUCGGGAGGAUCGUCGUGCAGUGUCCACGGCCUCGAAGGCUCUCCUUGGACAAAGACGACGUGGGCAAUUUCUAGAUCUUCUCGCGAAGUCUAGAGACCAAUGAAGUGGGUCGUCGAAUCGUCUCCGGCGGCUGUCACCCAGCGGAGCGGAAAAACGGCGACUUUGCGGCUCUUCGGCGGCUGUCACCGACAGAGAAGACCUGGAUGGAGGUGGGGCGCGUGUUAGGGAGCUUCAUCCUCAGGUUCGCGUAGCAAGAGGAGGCUCUUCAUCGCAUCUGGUAUGCUCUUAGGAGGUGGCGACUGGUCUCCCGGCGGAUCGUCCUCUUCUCGACGACAGCUUGUUUGUCGAUCAAUCGGAGAUGAUUUACUCAAUGGAUUCGCGAUCCUUUUAUGGCGAAUCGUUCAGCAAUUUUAGUAGCAAUGCUCCACGAAUCGCGUUGACGAGAUUUUCGCCGAUGAUCCAACGAUUCUCGUUGCUUAAUCCUUCACCGGCGAUCUGCAGGAAAGUCGCGAUAAUCAGAUAAAAAUAUAUGAAUUUUGACUCUAGGAGGAUUCGAACCCGCGCCGGUCGCCCCCGCCUCUUCUGAGGAAGGUGUGGGUUUAG